AUGACCACGGUCCCUUGCACUCAUUUCUCACCUGCUCUUCUGCGGUGGCAGACUUCCAAGGAUGAACUCAUGUUGUUUAUCCGGCCACAUUCUUGGCAUGAAGCCCUUCGGUCCUGCGACGGUUUGCUCACUCGACCCUUCCCAUCCAAGAGGGGUGUGCCCUGGGACCUCGACGUCAACCCUGGUCCCGACACCACCUUCCCCUACAGGCCCAGUCGGGUCAGGAACGGCCUUUCCCUCUGGCAACCAGCAACUGGUCAAGAUGGUUCCACGUACAUCUCCUCCUUCCAAAGGAGACCAUGA